CUGGGGGCCAUGGAGUCUCAGGUGGGGGGGGGCCCGGCCGGCCCGGCCCUGCCCAACGGGCCACUCCUUGGUACAAAUGGAGCCACUGAUGACAGCAAGACCAACCUCAUCGUCAACUACCUGCCCCAGAACAUGACCCAGGAUGAGUUCAAGAGUCUCUUCGGCAGCAUUGGUGACAUCGAGUCCUGCAAGUUGGUUCGGGACAAGAUCACAGGGCAGAGCCUUGGCUACGGGUUUGUGAACUAUUCUGACCCCAACGAUGCAGACAAAGCCAUCAACACCCUCAAUGGCCUCAAAUUGCAGACGAAGACCAUUAAGGUGUCCUAUGCCAGACCCAGUUCGGCGUCCAUCAGGGAUGCCAACCUGUACGUCAGCGGGCUCCCGAAGACCAUGAGCCAGAAAGAGAUGGAGCAGCUCUUCUCCCAGUACGGUCGCAUCAUCACCUCUCGCAUCCUGGUGGACCAGGUCACAGGUGUCUCUCGGGGUGUGGGAUUCAUCCGUUUUGACAAGAGGAUUGAGGCUGAGGAGGCCAUCAAAGGACUGAAUGGGCAGAAGCCGCUGGGCGCAGCUGAGCCCAUCACGGUCAAGUUUGCCAACAACCCGAGUCAGAAGACCGGGCAGGCGCUGCUCACUCACCUCUACCAGUCGUCCGCCCGGCGCUACGCGGGGCCCCUUCACCAUCAGACGCAGCGUUUCCGGCUGGACAAUUUGCUCAACAUGGCCUACGGAGUCAAGAGUCCCCUCUCGCUCAUCGCCAGGUUCUCGCCCAUCGCCAUCGACGGCAUGAGCGGCCUCGCGGGCGUGGGCCUGUCAGGGGGCGCGGCGGGCGCCGGCUGGUGCAUCUUCGUGUACAACCUGUCACCCGAGGCGGACGAGAGUGUGCUGUGGCAGCUGUUCGGGCCCUUCGGGGCCGUCACCAACGUCAAGGUCAUCCGCGAUUUCACCACCAACAAGUGCAAGGGCUUCGGCUUUGUCACCAUGACCAACUACGACGAGGCGGCCAUGGCCAUCGCCAGCCUCAACGGCUACCGCCUGGGCGAGCGCGUCCUGCAGGUGUCCUUCAAGACCAGCAAACAGCACAAGGCCUGA